AGGCUGCACGUCUCCACGGCGCAGCUGACGAUGCUGCUGGACAUCUGCAACGAGAACUUCGCGUACGGCGGCUUCUACCCGGUGGCGGCUCAGGAGGCGCCCUCGUACGUGCAGGCUCAGUCCCUGCCCCAGUUCGUGACCGAUGCCAUGCCUUCCCGCUUCCAGGGCGAUGAGGACCCGGGGAGCCCGUCGAGCCCCUCGAGGAGCCGAUCGAGGAGCAGCGUUUCGAGCGCGUGCUCCAGCUCUGCCUCCCAGAACGUGAAGGAGUCGAUGUUCAUGAAUCUCCGGAUGCAGUUCGAGUCGCUCUCGCUGACGCUCCACCAGGAGUGCCCGGCCAGAUCAACAACCGUGCCCGUGCUCCAGCUGUCGACGGGGAAUAUGUGACUCGGCUGCUGUCGUCAAGCGUCUGCACUGGGAUGUAUCCCUCCAUGUUCUGCCUUCUUCUCGCGCCCGACAGUAUGAGCG